AUGAAAGAAAAAGGUUACAUUGGAUUACCAGUUGAUGACAGAUCAUUUUCUUUGAUAAAAACUAAACUUGUGCAAGAAGACAAUGAAUCAGAUAAUGACGGCGAAUCGAAAGCAAAGAGAUCGCGUAAACGACGUCGAAAUGAAGCGUCCAUACUCGAACAAGAAAAUGAAGAACGAUUGAGCAAUGUUCGGCCUAAACGAGCAGCAGCACUAAAAAUCAAUGGAACUAAUGUUGGUCAACGACGAAUCGAUGAAUUUAUUUCCAAGAAACGUUCUCCAUCGAAGAAGACAACAAAUUCUAUCAAACCGACCACAAUGCUUCCACCAUUACCGAUACCGGAAAGUGAACGUUGUCCAAUAUGUGAUCGAUUAAUUUCCAGCGAUAUUCUUCAAGUGCAUACCGAUGCGUGUUUAAUUCAAAAUAGUGAUUCUGCGAAAGAAUUAAUCGAAAAAAGUAAACAACGUACUAAAACCGAAGCGAAAGCGAAGGAAAUUCUCUUUCAACGAGCGACACGCAAAGUAGUUGCUAAUCAUUUAACUCGUGUGGACAGUGAAACGACCACUUGUCCAACAUGCCAUAUGCAAAUGACUGUUUCUCGACUUGAAAAUCAGCAUAGGAAAGAAUGUUCAAAUCGUCGUCUGUGA